CACAACCGGAGCCUUCAGCUAGCCAAAGCGUUAAAAUGCGUGAUUCGUUCAUAUAAAUCUACGGUUUUCAGAGGAUUUCAUUCUUGUACACCACUAUGCAAAAACACUCGAGUGGCAGUCGUACGACGCACCAGAAACCAAUCCAUCCCAUUGACGUAUGAGCAGACCAAGAAACCUCAUCAAAUCGGUGUGAUGAAAUCUUGGAAUUCUUGGAACACUUCAAAUCUUAAAGAUGAAAGAUUGUACACAUCAGAUAUCACAUUACAUGAUGAAUUCAUUCGCAUGUUUAUCAAAGGAACAUUCCCAGUGGCAGUGGAAAGUGAGGUUAUCAUAAAACGGCAGUUCAAUAUUGUUCGUGUGGCCUUUCUCCUAUCAUUGCGCAUUCAACCCUUGGAAGCGCACUUCCUGAUCGGAUAUACGGAGGAAAUGCUCUCAUCCAUUCUGCGAUGUAUCGUUAAACUGGAGGUUCAAAUGGUCACUUCAAAGAAAGAUGUGAUUUUCCGGUACAUUUAA